CCAACAACUGCAAAGCCAACAACCGUAAAAGUGACACCAAAGCCUACAACGGUAAAAGUGACACCAAAACCAACAACUGUAAAAGUGACACCAACGCCAACAACAGUAAAAGUGACACCAAAUCCAACAACUUUGAAAGUAACACAAAAGCCAACAACGGUAACGGUGACACCAAAGCCAACAACUGUAAAAGUAACACCAAAGCCAACCACUGUAAAAGUGACACCAAAACCAACAACAGUAAAAGUGACACCAAAGCCAACAACUGUGACCCGAAAGCCAACAACUGUGACCCCAGAGCCAACAACUGUAAAAGUGACACCAAAACCAACAACUGUGACACCAAAGCCAACAACUGUGACACCAAAGCCAACAACUGUAAAAGUAACACCAAAGCCAACAACUGUAAAAGUAACACCAAAGCCAACAACUGUAAAAGUAACACCAAAGCCAACAACUGUGACACCAAAGCCAACAACUGUAAAAGUAACACCAAAACCAACAACUGUGACACCAAAGCCAACAACUGUGACACCAAAGCCAACUGUGACACCAAAGCCAACAACUGUGACACCAAAGCCAACAACUGUGACACCAAAGCCAACAACUGUGACACCAACGCCAACAACUGUGACACCAAAGCCAACAACUGUGACACCAACGCCAACAACUCCAAAGCCAACAACUGUGACACCAAAGCCAACAACUGUGACACCAAAACCAACAACUGUGACUCCAAAGCCAACAACUGUGACACCAAAGCCUACAACUGUGAAAGUAACACCAAAACCAACAACGGAAAAACCCACUACCGCAACACCCACACCAAGCACACCUGAUCCACGAGCGAAUAAAAGUAUUUGCUAUAAAGAUCUUGGAUGUUUCGACAACUUUUAUCCCUUUAACAAUGCUAUUUUAGAUCUACCGGAUAGCCCAGAUGUAAUUGGAAUCUCUGUAACUCUCUAUACUCGUCAAAAUCGAGAACAUGAUAAGGGUCAACUUAUCAAGUUUAACGACCCCAAUACUAUUCAAAAUUCCGAUUUUGAUGCCAAAAAACCAACAAAAAUCAUCAUUCAUGGAUUUUCUAAUGAUUUAAAUACUGACUGGCUUCAUGCGAUGAAAGAUGAGUUUCUUAUAAAUGAUGACUUUAAUGUCAUAAUUGUUGGUUGGGGUAACGGUGCCAAGUUCCCAGAUUAUGCACAGGCAGUUGCAAAUACAAGAGUGGUCGCUACUGUGGUACACAGAACAAUUCUCAGUUUAGUCAAAUUUGGAGUUAAGAUGGAAGAUUUACAUCUAAUUGGUCACAGUCUUGGAGCCCAUACAUCUGGAUUUGUUGGACAUUUAUUAAAUGGUGCAAUACAAAGAAUAACAGGGUUGGACCCAGCAGAUCCAGAUUAUGAACAGUCUCCACCUUUGGUAGUGUUGGAUCCCACAGAUGCUAAAUACGUGGACAUAAUUCAUUCUAAUGGUGCCCCUUUAAGUCAGGGUGGAGCUGGAUUGUAUAAUCAGUCUGGUCAUAUUGAUUUUUAUUUAAAUGGAGGAAAACAUCAACCAGGAUGUGAUGAUGGACUAGCUGCUAUUGGUGACAUUUUACACGGACAAGAACUCAGAAAGUGUCAAUUGACCUAUUUUAAGUAA